GAAAGGUUGUCCCAGGUGAGUUUGGCAUCAGUGCAGUUUGUGAUUUCACUGUCUGUGGCAGCAAAUAGGAUCUUACCGGAAAUCCAUGAUGGAAGACCUACAACCCUUGACAGCAGCAGCCACCCCAGCUCAAGAUGUAGAGCACCUUAAGUCCCGCGACAGCAUGAGACUACCACCUGCGAUGUCUGAGGUAGUUGUUUCAUCCAUAAGGUCUGGGUCUGACCACGUCAAACCAGCCUUAAACCUGGUUCUGUGUGGAAGGAGAGGAGCAGGGAAGACUUCAGCAGCCAAGGCCAUUUUGGGUCUGACAGAGCUUCAUUCAGCUGCCAACUCAUGUGUUAAAAAUCAGGGAGAGGUGUGUGGACGUCGGGUUUCUGUGGUGGAGCUGCCUGCCUUGUAUGGAAAACCUCAGGACACAGUGAUGAAGGAAUCAUUAAAGUCUAUGACCCUCUGUAAGGGCGUCCAUGCCUUCAUCCUCGUCCUACCAGUAGGUUCCCUCACUGAUGAAGACAAGGGAGAGUUAGAGACCAUCAAGAGCACAUUCACCACUAAAGUGAAUGACUUCACCAUGAUUCUGUUCACUGUGGAGUCAGAUCAUACAGAUCCAGCUGUUGAUACAUUUCUGAAGGAAAACAAGGGCAUCCAGGAGCUCUGCAAGAGCUGUGGAGGAAGAUAUGGUGUUCUCAACAUCAAGGACAAGCAGCAGAUCCCUCAACUGUUGGAUUAUGUGGAAAAGAUGGGCGUUGCCAAUUCCAGAUGCUUCACAAAGGACUUGUUCACCAGGGCUCAGAUGGAGAAACGUGUAGAGCAGGAAUACGUUAAUGCAAGACUUAAAGCUGAACUGCAGGAAGUUAAACAGAGGAAUGAGAUUGGAAUUGACAAAAAUCCAAGCAGAGAGUGUCUCAGGAUGGUGCUGAUUGGGAAGACUGGCAGCGGGAAGAAUUCAACAGCAAACACCAUUUUGGGCAAAAAACAUUUUAAACCCAGAAUUGUCCCAAAGCCAGCAAACACGUCUUGUGAGAAAGCAAAAGGAGAGAUUGAUGGCCGACCCGUUCUUGUAGUAAACACCCCCGGCUUGUUGGACACACCUCUGACCAAUGAAGAAAUUCAACAGGAGCUUCUCAAAUGCAUCAGCAUGUUGGCUCCUGGACCUCAUGCGUUCAUAUUAGUGCUGCAAAUGGGAAACAUAAAAAAAGAAGAAAUAGACUCUGUGGAACUGAUCAAAAAGGUUUUUGGCAAGAAGUCAGGAGACUUCAUCAUCGUCAUAUUCACCAGAGGAGAUGCUCUGGACGAUCGGUCAGUUGAUAGUUACAUCGAAGAUUGUGACGACUUUGUCAAACAACUCAUCAAGGACUGUGGAAACCGAUUCCAUGUCUUUAAUAACAAAGAUCACACAGACCGCACACAAGUCAGAGAGCUGGUGAACAAGAUCGAGGACAUGGUGAAGGAAAAUGGUGGCAGCUGCUACGACACUGAGCUGUUGGAAAGGGAAGUUGUGGAAAAGGAACAGAUGGAGUCACUGAGUGUCAACACAAGACAACAUGAAGAAAUGAAACAGGUGAUCGGUGAACUAAAGGCAACAAUAUCUAAAUUGGAACAAGGGGAACAUAAUCGCCUAAAACUGGAGGAAUUAAAAAAACGGAUAGAAGAAAUGGAAGAAAAGAAACAGAAACAUGGAGAAAAAUCCCAAUACCUACAACCCUUGACAGCAGCAGCCACUCCAACUGAAGAUGUAGAGCACCUGAAGUCUCACGACAGCAUGAGACUACCACCUGAGAUGUCUGAGGUAGUUGUUUCAUCCAUAAGGUCUGGGUCUGACCACAUCAAACCAGCCUUAAACCUGGUUCUGUGUGGAAGGAGAGGAGCAGGGAAGACUUCAGCAGCCAAGGCCAUUUUGAGUCUGACAGAGCUUCAUUCAGCUGCCAACUCAUGUGUUAAAAAUCAGGGAGAGGUGUGUGGACAUUGGGUUUCUGUGGUGGAGCUGCCUGCCUUGUAUGGAAAACCUCAGGACACAGUGAUGAAGGAAUCAUUAAAGUCUAUGACCCUCUGUAAGGGCGUCCAUGCCUUCAUCCUCGUCCUACCAGUAGGUUCCCUCACUGAUGAAGACAAGGGAGAGUUAGAGACCAUCAAGAGCACAUUCACCACUACAGUGAAUGACUUCACUAUGAUUCUGUUCACUGUGGAGUCAGAUCAUACAGAUCCAGCUGUUGAUACAUUUCUGAAGGAAAACAAGGGCAUCCAGGAGCUCUGCAAGAGCUGUGGAGGAAGAUAUAUUGUUCUCAACAUCAAGGACAAGCAGCAGAUCCCACAACUGUUGGAUUAUGUGGAAAAGAUGAGCGUUGCCAAUUCCAGAUGCUUCACAAAGGACUUGUUCACCAGGGCUCAGAUGGAGAAACGUGUAGAGCAGGAAUACGUUAAUGCAAGACUUAAAGCUGAACUGCAUGAAGUUAAACAGAGGAAUGAGAUUGGAAUUGACGAAAAUCCAAGCAGAGAGUGUCUCAGGAUGGUGCUGAUUGGGAAGACUGGCAGCGGGAAGAAUUCAACAGCAAACACCAUUUUGGGCAAAAAACAUUUUAAACCCAGAAUUGUCCCAAAGCCAGCAAACACGUCUUGUGAGAAAGCAAAAGGAGAGAUUGAUGGCCGACCCGUUCUUGUAGUAAACACCCCCGGCUUGUUGGACACACCUCUGACCAAUGAAGAAAUUCAACAGGAGCUUCUCAAAUGCAUCAGCAUGUUGGCUCCUGGACCUCAUGCGUUCAUAUUAGUGCUGCAAAUGGGAAACAUAAGAAAAGAAGAAACAGACUCUGUGGAACUGAUCAAAAAGGUUUUUGGCAAGAAGUCAGGAGACUUCAUCAUCGUCAUAUUCACCAGAGGAGAUGCUCUGGACGAUCGGUCAGUUGAUAGUUACAUCGAAGAUUGUGACGACUUUGUCAAACAACUCAUCAAGGACUGUGGAAACCGAUUCCAUGUCUUUAAUAACAAAGAUCACACAGACCGCACACAAGUCAGAGAGCUGGUGAACAAGAUCGAGGACAUGGUGAAGGAAAAUGGUGGCAGCUGCUACGACACUGAGCUGUUGGAAAGGGAAGUUAUGGAAAAGGAACAGAUGGAGUCACUGAGUGUCAACACAAGCCAACAUGAAGAAAUGAAACAGGUGAUUAGUGAACUAAAGGCAACAAUAUCUAAAUUGGAACAAGGGGAACAUAAUCGCCUAAAACUGGAGGAGGAAUUAAAAAAACGGAUAGAAGAAAUGGAAGAAAAGAAACGGAAACAUGGAGAAAAAUCCCAAUGCUUCAUCCUUUGAGUCCACCUCUUUGAGAAACAAAUUUUAAUGUUUCUGAUUUAUUUUACUACUCACAUUGUCAGUGUUUUAGUUUUACUAAGUUUUACUGCCAGAUCACUACCAAAGACAUUUAACAUUUUUUUAAAAAAAGGCCUUUUAUAUUCUCUGCCAGUUGAACUGGACUCUGGAUAAGAGCUGUCUCCAAAGGGGGUAAUAAUUGAUAUUUAGCCCUGGUAAAAGACUGCUUUUAGUAGCGCCGUGAAUCAAAACACGAUGUGAUCUUACCUCAUGCCACAGAACGUUCCUCAAUGAAUUUAACUGGGUGGAACCCGGACAAUUAUUUUAUACAUUUUCAGAUUAAAAGUGUAAAAGUUUUAAAUGAAUCAAAGUUUUGAGAUUUUACUGCUUAAUGACUUUUUACACCUGUUAUUUAGUCACUGCUUUUUGUUUUUUAUUAUUUCAGCACACACUUGUAAACUAACACACUGGUAAAAUCUAUAAUCUAAUGUUAAAAUACAAAAUAUCAAAGUGGACUCUCACAGUACAUCAGAGAGACUUGGGCAGAUAGAGGUACAUUUAUUUUACACAAAUAUUUUCUCCAACUAGGUUUGGCCAGUGUUUAAACGCGGAGGUUAUACAUGCUGAAUUCACCUACCAGAAAUUUUGACAUUGCUGUUCAUGUAUCAUGUUGAAAUUUUCCACCAGGAAAUUAACAGUAUAAAUUUAAUGUAUCCAAUUUAGGCAGGGUGGUUUGAUUUCAUAGGCUAAUCAUUUUGCACUGAUGUUCUUUAAAGACCAUUAAAAACCAUAAACUUUGUUGGA